AAACUUAAAAAAUAAUUCAGAGGAUCAAAAUAAUAAUUAAAUCUAAUUACAUUCUAAAUUAAUUUGUGGGUUGUGAAUGUUAUGUCUGGACGCAGCCUUCGACCAUGGAAAUAUAAAGAAUCGGAAACAUAAUAAGCGAGAUAGGUCUAAGGUGGAAAGAAAAGUAGUUAUUCAAGAAUUCACAGAGGAUUAAAAAAACAACACUUCAACUACUUGAGAUUAUGACACAAGAAAAAGAUUUGUAUAAAUGGCAUGGAAAUCUUUUUGGCGGCCAAAAUUGCAAACAGCCCCAAGGGUCGUCGUCAUCAUCAAUACCAACAAUGGAGGAAGAUAUUGACAAAGCUGCUGAAGCACUCGUUUCUUUGGUAACUUCAUACCAAGAGGUAAAACAUAAUUUGCCACCACACGAGAACCUCAGAGACUAUAUUUUAGAGUAUGGUGAGCCUCUCAAGAAGGUAUUGACAAAUACUGAUGUGAAUGUAAAUCAAAAUAGGAUUUUUCUCAAAAAAGAGCAUGUGGAAAAGUCUUUCUUACCGUUAUUGAGGAAUGAUGAAAAUAUUGAAGAAGGAAUACGAGUUUGUGCCUAUGACAUGCAUGACAAUAGUUACACUCUAAUGUUCAAGAAAUGGACAAAGAAGUUUUAUGUGCUUAACGGUGAGUGGAAAAAAUUCUUCCAAAUUCAUGAAUUGCAAAAGAACGAUGUUGUCACGGUGUGGAUAUUUCGUCAUUCAAAAAGCAACAAGGUAUGUUUCGCUCUUGCAUAUCAAAAGAUUGAAAGGUAAUUGACAAGAUAUUAAAUCACUUAAUCAGAACUCUAUUAAUCCACUAGAGUUGGCUUAGUGGUGGAGAUUUGAAUGAUUUGUAUGAGAUUCUAGAUACAAAUUUUAUAGCGGUGAUUUUGUUUUUCUUGGUCUUUUACAUGCACAGCACCGUGUUUGUUGUUACUCAAUUUUUUUUCUUAUUUAAACAAUAACUCAAUAUUUACUAUUUUCAAUUUGAUUUUCAGUUGUCUAGAAAUAGUAUAUGUGUUAUCAUA